AUGAAUAAAACAGCACCAAAGGAACCCAUGCGACCCAAUGGGGCUGGUGUACAGAGGGGCCUUCGACUAACUCUCAAUAACAACGUUGACGACUACUUCUUCAGUACUUUCCCAGCCAUCGGGUUCACAGUGCAGAUAUUCUAUCCCAACGAUUUUCCAGACAAAAUGAGUGGUUCGCUGUCGGAAGCAUUCAUCAAUGCCGGAACUGAAGCUCUGAUAAGUAUGGAGUUCAGUAUGACAAAAACUUCGGAAGCGAGACGGUGCAAAUUUCAAUCGGAGCGCAAAACUAUAUUUGGUCCCUACAGAUAUAGCGAUUGUUUGGUAGAAUGCAAAAUACGAAGUAUGCAGUCUUUGUGUAACUGUGUACCUUUCACUGUACCUGUUCUAGAAGAAGACGAUGGCACUGACAGGUUACCGCUGUGUACAUUAAUUGAUAUACCUUGUCUCCACAAGUACAAAGCAAAAUGGUCACGAUAUUAUCCAAAUGAUCCGAACGGUGUUGAGAGUGAUAUUCUACGUCAAGAAAAGCAUGAUUCUAUAAAUUGUCCAGAAUGCCUACCAGAUUGUAAUAGUAUUGCUUAUCAGCCAUCAGUCAUUUCGACUUCACUUCAUAAUGAAAGGUGA